AUGCCGGGAUGCUUUGUGUCUUCUGAUAGAUAUAUAUGGAUCGCCUGGUUUUUCGAACUUCCUACCCAAUUCAAACGAUCGACUUCUAUUGCUAUAUCACAGAGCAAUGGCUGGAUUGAUAGUUUCGGACUUCCCAUUCUGAGAUAUGUCCCUUUUCUCGAGUGCUUCAAAACUUACGGUAUCUUAGAAUCGAUAAAUGAAUGUCGAGAGAAGGCUAUCCAAGAUUUGAUUGUCCUCCUUAUUAAAACACGUGACGGUUUUUUACUUGGCACUCGGGGCUGUCGUUAUGAAUGUCGCUUAAUCAUAUAUGGAGCUCUGACUAUACAGAUGCAAUCGAUUGAUCUGCUUUUGCUGAAAUCAGAGGCUCCAUUCCCGAGGUUGAAUUACACAUCUUUUGUGCAGAGCGUCAUGGCAUUCACAUCGCUAGCAUGGUACGAUUCAUCCUUUCGAUAUUCGACCUAUGGAACCAACUACACGCACCGCUGCCCUAACGCCUCCUUUGCAUCAAUAUUUCAGAAUCUGAAUGAAACUGUGGAUGGACUAGAACUGAGCCAGUUCACAAGGUCAUGA